AAUAAUGAAACUUAUAUAAACUUAAAUAUGAAAAUUAGUGAAUAAAUACCAAACGUGCCCGGAUCAGACAUGGAGUUUAUUUAGAGAGAGAGAGGAGUUGAGAGGGAGAAUCUGAUGAUAGCAAAGAGGAGGUUUGAGAGAGACUUUUAGCGGUGCGCUUUGUGGAGAUUGUAAGGGAGACGCAGUAGCAGGAGCAUCGUCUAGCUUGUGGUAAAGAUUUCCUAAACAUGCCGAAGAACAAGGGUAAGGGAGGUAAAAACCGAAAGCGAGGAAAGAAUGAGGCCGAUGAUGAGAAGCGAGAGCUUGUGUUCAAAGAGGACGGCCAAGAAUAUGCUCAGGUCCUUCGCAUGCUCGGCAAUGGUCGCUGCGAGGCCAUGUGUAUCGAUGGCACCAAGCGUCUGUGCCACAUUCGAGGGAAAAUGCACAAGAAGGUUUGGAUUGCAGCUGGUGAUAUCAUCCUUGUGGGCCUAAGAGACUACCAAGAUGAUAAAGCCGAUGUCAUUCUCAAAUACAUGCCUGAUGAGGCUCGUCUCCUCAAGGCCUAUGGUGAGCUUCCUGAGAACACUCGACUCAAUGAGGGUAUAGCAGCUGGGCUCGAUGAAGAAGACGAGGGUGCAGGUGAUGAUUACAUUGAGUUCGAGGAUGAGGACAUCGACAAGAUAUGACUCUCUCUCUUUAAAAUGGUAUGGAUAAUGCUGCCAUACACCACUUUGACAAGAUAUGAACCAUCGUUUAAUGAGAUGAGUGCUUUCACCCCCCAAAUUGAUAGGAUAUGAGUUGUUCUCUAAAUGUUAUGAAUGCUAGCCCUCACUUGUACUAUGGGCCUUUUUUCUCUUUUCUUUUUGGAGAUUCUAUUGUUGAGAUAUAGAUGGAUAAGAUUCUGUAAUCCUUGGUGAUUUAUAUGGGUGGUGAUGUUGGCAAUAGGUUUCGAUUCAUUGUGAUAAUAAGUUUAUUGUGCUGUAA